CAUGAGUCUAACACAACCUUAAAUUCAUCCCUAAAUCUCUUCAAAGAAAAAGUUUAACAAAAAAAGAAAAAAACAUGGGAUCCUUAUUUCUUCCCAUUCUUGUCAACUUUACGAAAGAUGAUAUGAAGCCCGGGUCGAAAUCGUGGUUAUCCGCAAGUAAAAACAUCCGGGAAGCCCUCGAAAACCAUGGUUUUUUUAUUGCAACCUACGACAAACUAUCGGAUAUGCUUCAUGAAUCUAUCUUUGGACAAGCCGAUGAAUUGUUCGCUCUCCCUACCGAAAGUAAAAUAAAGAAUAUAAAUGAAAAGCCCUUCCAUGGAUACGUUGGUCAAAUUCCCAUUGUGCCCCUCCACGAAGGUCUUGGUAUCGACUAUGCGACUACCCUUGAAGGUGUCGAAAGCUUCACCAAUAUCAUGUGGCCAAAUGGGAAUACUUCGUUUUGCGAGACAUCGUUGUCGUUUGCUAAAGUGGUGGCAGAGCUAGAAAAAAUUGUGAUUCGUAUUCUAUUCGAGAGUUAUGGCAUCGAGAAGCACGCCGAGUCGCAUAUUGAAUCGACGACAUAUCUUCUUCGAUAUUUGAAGUAUCGGGCACCUCAAGAGGGAGAAAGUGCAAUGGCUUUUCCGCCUCAUUCAGACAAGAGUUUUAUAACUAUACUUUAUCAGAACCAUAUUUCAGGGCUCGAAGUUCAGACACGGGAUGGUGAAUGGAUUAAUGUUGUUUUCCCACCAUCGUCUUUUGUUGUCAUGGCCGGCGAUGCUUGUCAGGCGUGGAGUAACAAUAAAGUGCUUUCUGCGAUUCAUAGAGUGACUUUAUCAGAAAAUAAAAAGGACACGAGAUACACUAUGGCUUUGUUUUCUUUCCUUAGCAAAAUGGUUCAAGUGCCCGAAGAGCUAGUCGAUGAUGAACACCCGUUACAAUUUAAACCGUUUCGACACAACGACUUACUUCAUUUCUACGCCGUCGAUCCUAAACGAAAGACCGAAAAUAUACUCAGAGAUUUUUGUGGCACCGAAAUCAGCACAACUUAAUAUACUUUUAAUAACUAUAUGAAUUAAUGUAAAAUGUAAUGUGUGUUCCGUCUAUUAUAAUCUCAUUUUGGAGCGUUAUUUUCAUAUGUAAUAAUCUAUCUUGCAAGUGUAAUAGUGGCAUGUUAUGAAUUUGUUCAUCUAUGGUUUGUAAUGAUCCAUAUAAUUCCGUAGUUUGUAAAAUAUUAAUACAUGAUUGAUAUAUAUAUGUAUGAAAUAUGUAUUAAUUCA